AUGUCACCGGCGACGGCGAGUGGUGGUGCCCAGAAGGACCAGGACGAGAUCGUCGGCGCCGCGGAGGGAGGGAAGGGCACGUGGAGGCACGCGGCGUUCCACGUGGCGACGACGAUUGCCACGCCGGCAGCCUACGCUCUGUCCCUGGGGCUACUGGUAUGUGUCAUUCUUCCAGCAAGUGGCGUCGGUUGGCAACAACAUUGCGAUCCAGAUUGCGGCCAGCAGCAGCCUCAGGCCGUGUACAAGCACUACUAUGCCACCGACCAUGGCGCGAUGACGCUGCAGCACUUCAUCCUCCUCUUCGGCGCGCUCGAGCUGCUUCUCUCCCAGCUUCCCGACAUCCAUUCGCUCCGGUGGGUGAAUGCUACCUGCACUGCCUCCACCAUUGGGUUUGCUGGGACAGCCAUCGGUGUCACGAUAUAUGACGGAUAUCGGAUUAACCGAAAUGAUGUUGGUUACAGUCUGCAAGGAAGCACCGCAACCAAGGUCUUCAGAGGUUUCAAUGCACUGGGCACAAUAGCCUUCUCAUUUGGUGAUGCAAUGCUGCCAGAAAUCCAGAGCACCGUGCGAGAACCGGCGACGACAAACAUGUACAAGGGUGUUUCGACGGCGUACACAUUGAUCGUCAUGUCCUACUGGACACUGGCAUUCAGUGGCUAUUGGGCAUUCGGCUCCGGAGUCCAGCCAUACAUCUUGUCCUCUCUGACUGUUCCAAGAUGGGCAAUUGUAAUGGCAAACAUAUUUGCAGUUGUUCAGAUCACAGGUUGCUUUCAGAUAUACUGCAGGCCGACAUAUGCGCACUUUGAAGAGCGCAUUCAGGCAAAGAAUAUGAUGCACAGAGCAUGGCUGUGGCGACUGAUGUACACCUCUGCAUACAUGGCGACGAUCACCCUCGUUGCCGCCGCAAUGCCAUUCUUUGGGGACUUUGUAUCAGUUUGUGGAGCGGUUGGGUUCACCCCACUGGACUUUGUGCUGCCAGCAUUGGCAUUUCUCAAGGCUGGGAAGCUGCCCAAGAACCUGGGACUGCGGCGUACUGUCAAGGCCCUUUGCUGCGCCGGCGCCGUCUUGUUCUCUGUCAUCGGGGUUCUUGCAUGCAUUGGCGCCAUCAGAGCAAUUGCGCUCGAUGUCAAGACCUACAAGUUCUUCCAUGACAUGUGA